AUGAAGAUAACUUUUCAGCUGGCAAUUUUCUCUCUGGUUCUGUCUUGUAUACUAGCAGAGAUUUCAGCUCAGAAAGAAGCAGAGUCUCUCAUUACCUGGAUGAAAAGUUUGAACUCUCCCUUCCCGCCUUCAUGGAAUCUUACAAACAACAGCAAUAGUCCAUGCAACUGGAUUGGCAUUACGUGUGAUAAAGAAGGCAGUGUUGUUGAGAUAAUGCUUCCCAAUGCAGGCCUAGAUGGUACCCUUAACAGGUUUGAUUUUUCUGCCUUUCCCAAUCUCACUACUUUCAAUGUCAAUUUGAAUAACCUGGUUGGAGAGAUACCAGCUGGAAUUGGAAAAGCAACAAAUAUGAAAAUACUUGAUUUGGGUAGCAACAAUUUCACUUAUCCAAUCCCCCAAGAAAUGGGAAACCUCAUAGAGUUACAAGUUCUUCGUCUCUCUAACAACUCACUCUUAAAACAAAUACCAACUCAACUUAGUAACUUGCAGAAAUUAUGGCUUCUUGAUCUGGAGGGGAAUUAUUUAGAGAAUCCUGACCCUGCUCAAUUUAAGGGCAUGGCAUCCAUAACAGAACUCAAUCUCAGCUAUAACUAUCUCACAGAGGUUCCCCCAUUUGUUUCUAAAUGUCCAAAGUUGGUUUCUCUUGAUCUAUCACUCAACACCAUCACUGGGCAGAUUCCAAUACAAUUACUGGCCAGUACUAGGAACCUGACCAUCCUAGUCCUGUCAAACAACUCCUUUGAGGGGCUAAUUCCGAAAGAAAUUAAGAACCUUUCAAACCUCAAACAGUUAAGACUUGAAUAUAACAAUCUGAGUGGUAAUAUACCAGAGGAGAUCGGUCUCUUGUCAAACCUUGUGGUGCUUGAAUUGCAUCAAAAUGUCUUCCAAGGUCCAAUACCAUCAUCAAUUGGAAAUCUUCGUAUGCUUCAGUAUUUGGAUCUUCACAAUUCAGGGCUGAAUUCCAGCAUUCCUGAUGAGAUAGGCUUCUGCACCAACCUUACCUUUCUUGAUAUGUCAGGAAAUAGCCUGACAGGUCCCUUGCCUCUUUCCAUGGAUUCUUUAACAAGGAUCAUAGAUUUGGGAAUCUCUGAUAACAAUUUAUCCGGAGAACUUCAUCCAUCUCUUGUUUCCAGUUGGCCAGAACUCACUUCUUUACAACUCCAGUUGAAUCACCUUUCAGGAAGACUUCCCCCAGAGAUUGGUUCACUUCACAAUCUAACUCUCCUAUCCCUAUAUAACAACCAGUUUUCUGGACCAAUACCUCCGGAAAUUGGAAACUUAUCAAGCAUAGAAGAUCUUCAACUGUCCAAGAACUAUUUCAGUGGUUCCAUCCCAUCAGCCAUCGGAAAGUUAUACAAGCUCCGCAGAUUAUAUUUGGCCUCAAACCAACUAAGUGGGGCCCUUCCUCCUGAAAUAGGUGAUUUGGAAAGCAUAGAGUUGCUGGACUUAAGUGAGAACAAUCUUGCAGGACCUUUGCCCUCAUCAAUAAUUCGUUUGAAAAACAUCAGUCUCUUUUAUCUUUUUUCCAAUAAUUUCUCAGAUAGUAUUCCUGAAAAUUUUGUACCUACCUUUUUAAGGAAUGUGAGCUUUGCCAACAACAGUUUUUCUGGAAAGCUCCCAUCAGGAAUAUGCAAGGGAGGAAAUCUCAUAUUCCUGGCAGCCAAUAUGAACAAUCUAUUGGGUCCAAUCCCCGAAAGUCUAAGAAACUGCACUGGACUAAACAGAGUCUUGCUUGGAAACAAUCUUCUCAGUGGAGACAUUACCAAUGCAUUUGGUAUAUACCCAGAUCUGGACUUAAUUGAUUUAGGACAUAAUCAGCUCUCUGGUUCUUUAUCAAGUAACUGGGGAGAGUGCAAAAGUCUCUCAAGUUUCAGCAUAUCUGCCAAUAAGGUACAAGGGAAUAUUCCUCCUGAGCUUGGGAAGUUGCCAAAUUUGCAAAAACUUGACCUAUCUGACAACAAUCUCACAGGAUACAUCCCUGUGGAAAUUUUUGGCUCAUCUUCCUUGCUAAACAAUCUAAAUUUGAAUAGCAAUGAUCUCUCAGGUCAGAUACCAGCAGAGAUAGGAGAACUUUCAGAGCUGCAGUUUCUGGAUUUAUCAGCAAACAAUCUGAGUGGGGCAAUUCCAAACCAACUAGGAAACUGCAGGAAACUUAUAUCCUUGAAACUGAGCAUGAACAAGUUAGAAGGGCAUAUGCCGUAUGAGCUUGGGAAUUUGGUUUCCUUGCAGCCUCUUUUAGAUCUCAGUCAUAACUUACUAAGUGGACAGAUAAUCACACAGCUGGGAAAUCUGAUAUCCCUGGAGGUUUUGAAUCUUUCUCAUAACCAGCUUUCUGGGGCAAUACCUUCUGGUCUUGAAGGACUUAUCAGCCUUCAGUCAGUUGAUAUAUCCUACAACAAACUUGUAGGUCCCCUUCCAAACCUAGAAGCUUUUCAUAAAGCUCCAGCAGAAGCUCUGGUGGGUAAUGCUGGUCUGUGUAGUGGUCCUGAUGGCAGUGCAAAUCUGAGCCCAUGUGGUGGAGAGAAAAGCAAUAAAAAAAGCAAUAAAGUUCACAAGCAUAAGCUGAUAAUUGCUGUAGUCAUUCCAGUUGCUUCUUCAAUCGUUAUACUUGUUUCCCUUGGAAUAUUCUUCUUCCAGCGUUAUCAAAGAGUUGAUCAAGAUGAAAAGGAGGAGAAUUCAAACGGAGAUAAUUCAUUCUUCAUAUGGAAUCACAGGAACAGAGUAGAGUUUAAGGAUAUACGCUCUGCAACUGAGAAUUUCAGUGACAAGUAUUGCAUAGGGAUAGGAGGACAGGGCAGUGUCUACAAGGCAGUGCUUCCAACAGGUGACAUCUUUGCAGUAAAACGUCUUCACCAACAUGAUGAAAUGGACUUCUCUGAACACCAGACAAAUAAUUUCAUGUAUGAAGUUGUUUCAUUGACUAAUAUUCGUCAUCGGAAUAUUGUAAAAAUGUGUGGGUUCAAUUACUUGGAUGGGUCAAUAUUUUUCAUAUUCGAGUAUGUGGAAAGAGGCUCUUUAAAAAGCGUGUUGCAGAACGACCAGGAGGCAAAUACCUUGACAUGGGACAUCAGGUUAAACAUGAUAAAAGGAAUGGCAAAUGCAUUGUCCUACCUGCACCAUGAAUGCACACCCAUCAUUGUUCACCGAGACAUAUCAGGAAACAAUAUUCUUUUGGACUCUGAAUAUGAGCCUAAGGUCUCUGACUUUGGAACAGCAAGGUUGCUAAAAGAUGGAGAAUCAAACUGGACUGCUCCAGCUGGUUCAUAUGGCUAUAUGGCACCAGAGCUUGCACUUACAAUGAAGGUGACAGAAAAAUGUGACGUUUACAGUUUUGGAAUUGUUGCAUUGGAAAUUCUGGUGGGGAAGUACCCUCAUGAGCUCCUUUUGUGUUUAGAAUCUGGGGAAUUGGAUCAACUCUUUGUAGAUUUCAUGGAUAAGAGGGUAGCUCCUCCAGCAGGUCCUGCCGUCCAAAUCCUAAUAUUGGUUGCAACCCUGAUCCUUAAAUGCAUAAAUAAAGAUCCUUUGUCCCGACCCAGCAUGCAUCAAGUGUCCCAAGAACUUGAAUCAUGUUCCAAUGGGUCACUCUCUGUCCCUUUGAGCAUGAUCACUCUGCAGAUUUUGCUGCACAAUCAUGAAGAAAAAUAG